AGGCAGCGUGAUCACAAUUACUACCACAUCUUCUGUCUUUUAAAAAUUUCCCAAUUAAAUGAUGUGAAGGAUUUGAAGUGAAAGCAGAUUUAACUUCAUCGUUACGCUACUCCAUUUAAUUGGGAACGCGUCUGAGCACGCAUGGGAUAGAGAGAGUGUUUCAGGAACCACACAAACCAUGGGAGCCACGGUGUCAGUGAAAAACCACACACCUUACACCUGGUCCUUCAGUGCAUCAUCACAGGGUCAUCAGACUCUACACAGCGGAGGGAGCACACGAUAUGAUGAGAAGAAGUUAAUCCAUCGCUACAUCUACUUUAGUUAUGGCAACCAUUCUAACUGUAUCAGUUAUGAAUUUAAUACACAUAAAGGAAACCCAACAAUUACCUUAAGAGAAAGUCAUGACCGCUCAAGGAUUGAGCUACACUGUGACACAGAAAACAGUUAUGGUUCCAUUUGGUGUCCAAACUAUGGAAAAAUGGAAGACGACGAGAGGCAGCGGCAACAGGAACGUCAUAGACAAGAACUACAGCGCCAGCAAGAGGAGAGGCGAAGACAGGAGGAGCAGAGGAGGCUUGAACAGGAGGAGUUGAGGAGGCAGGAGCGACUGGAACGUGAGCGACGGAUCCAGACACAGAUCGACCGAGAGAAUGAAGUCUGCAGGCAGAAGCUGUCCACCGCAAAAGAAAAGCUAAGUCAGAAGCAGGCCUUCAAGGGCCAGGAGCGACACCACCAGCACACUCAUGUCCUGCAUCAGCUGGUGGAAGAUGAUGCAGCAGCAAUUGAAAGGAAUGAGCCUAGUGACAUAGAGGAAAAAUUCAGAGACCUUCUGUCAAAAUACAGCAUUGAGGAAAAUGAAACACUUCAACAUGGUGGAGAUAUUGAGGACAGGAUGAAAACAUUACAAAAUGAGCUGACAAUUCAAUACUGCAAAGAGAGCAAACUCUCCAUCUGGUUUCAGUUCACUCUUGACCAAGCUGUUGACUAUGAAGGCCUGUCUCUGACAGACAAGUUCAGUCUUCUUGAAGCAGUAGUUCAUUUAACUUUAGAAGGCAAUUUACAGUCAGUCGUUGAAGACAUAACAGAAGCUGGGUAUGAUGCGCAGAAUAACUUCAUUCUAAAUUUACUUCAGCUGCUCUAUGUCACAAAUCCAACACUGGCAAGGCAUCUGUUAUUAAACUUGAUGGAGUCAAUUACAAAGCUAUCUCCACCAUGCAAGGAUAUUCUGAGCCAAAUGGUCUUCAACAACAUGUGGACUCCGGUUGAAAUCAUGCUCUUCAUUCAGAGUGUUUCAGACAAGGACCAAAAUAAAAUACCAUCAAUCCUACAUACAGUUCAAACUUACAGACUUGAUUGCCUUUCUGCUCUUGCUGCAUUAGACAAAGAUGACCCAGUGAGAUAUCUUGAAAUAUGUGGGAUGGAUGAACCCAAAGAUGCUGAAACCAUUUUGAAUGAAAUGCGUGAGUCUAACUAUCCUGAAAGUAUCCUUUUGGUCUUAGAGGAUGUGUUGAAUUACAUGGAGAGGGAGCUGCCCAAGUAUGCAUUGGUAGAUCUUAGCGAAGAGCAAAUUCAAGAAGGGAAACAAAGGAUAAAGUCACUUGACUUUGAAAAUCCAGACAUGAAUAUUCUCAAACAAGCUCUGCUAGAAAUGGCCCUUGCCGUACAGGACUGUACAACAACUACUGGGCCAAAUGGGGAGAAAAUAGAGGGCUAUUUCCCCAGACUAACUCAGCUUGCAUCAUUACUCAUGCUUCUCCUGACAAAGUAUGGGACAAAGGGUGAAGAUGAACAGAAUGGUCGUCUGCUUGAAAUUGGAACUGGAGAGGGAAAGUCCUGCAUCUUGGCAAUGUUUGCUACAAUUCAGGCCAUCCGAGAGGUAAAGGUCGACAUUGUGACGAGUUCCCCUGUGCUUGCCAUUCGUGACCAAGAAGAGUGGGAGAAACUUUAUUCCAAGUUUGGUGUGACGACAUCAGUUGUUCCUCCAAGGGGCCCUGUGGAAAAACAUGAAAAAUUGGUUGAAGAUGCAUAUAGCAAACAAAUAGUUUUCGGCACUGUUGGCACUUUUGCGGCAGACAUUUUAAAGCAGGAGUUUGAGAGGAAAACUACACGUGGUACCAGGGACUUUGACAUGGUUAUAGUGGAUGAGGUAGACUACAUGACCUUAGACAAUGGCGUCCAAGUGACAUUUUUGUCUCACGAAGCCAGUGGGAUGAGGCAUGUAGAACAAGUUCUCGCUAACAUUUGGGCAAUGACAUCCGCUUGCCGGCCAAUUGAAAUGCUGGAAACCGGUGAAAUCCAGUGGACAACAAAGAUCCAACACUUUCACAAGGCAGCUUUUUCAGCUGUGGCUGGUUCAGGUUACUUCUCAUCCUAUGACAUAUUGCUACCAGGUGCAAAUUUAGGAUUUUUCUCACAAGAUGACAUUGAUCAGUUAAAGCAGGCAGAGGAGAAAGCCAACGAUGAAAAACAAAAUGAGAUUCAGAACAGUGAGUGGAAGGCAAUUGAGAUAUUCAUGAAAAAAAUUGGAACUGAACAACAACAUGACCUGUUGCUUAUUCUUGAGUCAGCAACUGAGAUCCCGAUAGAGUGCUACUCACUAUCAAACAACAAAGCUAAACUAUUUGGUGACCAAAAGACAGAUGAGGUCAAUGUCAAAAUGCUCUUGUUAGAGAAUGGUUGUGCAUGUCAAAUCAUGUCUGAGAAAGAUGUGAUUGAUGCAACAGUUUUACAAAUAAAGAAAACAAUUAGGUAUUCAAGUGGAUGUGAUGCAAAUUCCCUGAAGAAAAAUUCUAAAAUUGAAGAAAAUGAGUUUAUGAUAAUCCCAUUAUUCCUGGAAAAAUAUAUUGAUAAUAUGCUUCCAGUUUUUGUUGAAAAUGCUUUGAAGGCUGUUGGAAUGUCACAAGGAAGAGAAUACAUGAUUGAUAAGGGCUCAGCAGCUGAACAACAUGGUGUCAGUGAUACUGAUCCUCAAUAUCAUGUGAUAAUUCCUGUGGAUUUCAAAGCCAGUGGAGUUCUGGAGAAGAACAAGCGAUGGGGUGAUGGCUUACAGCAGUUUUUGGAGAUGAAACAUCAACUUGCUAUUUCACAGAUGUCAAAUGUGACCAAUUACAUGUCAAAUUUCCAUUACUUCAAAAGAUAUAUGAAUGGGAAAGGCAUAUUUGGUGUUUCUGGAACAUUAGGUGGACAGGCAGAUCAAGAUUUUCUGGCUAAGCAUUACAAAGCAAGAAGCUAUGCAAUACCAGCUCAUCGUCACAGUAAAAUUGUUGAGCUGCCAGUAAUUCAAGUAAGUAGAGGCAACAACCCAUGGAUCCAGAGAAUUUGUGAAACUGCCAGAAAAGUUGCAGAACGAGGUCAAGUUGUCUUGGUGAUUUGUGAAGAUGUCAAGACAGCCAAUGAGCUGGAAACAAACAUGAAAACCCAAAGCAUAGAUUCAAGAAAGAUCACCAUGUACACAAUGAGUGGCAGUCACAACAUAGAAAAAAGGAAAUUUGAUGGUGGAAACAUAAUCAUUGCCACCAAUCUUGGAGGAAGGGGAACAGACAUUAAGGUUGACCAUGAAGUCAACAGAUGUGGGGGUCUCUUUGUGCUCCUUACUCACUUUCCUUCAAACCGUCGUGUUGAGAAGCAGGUCUUUGGACGAACAGCCCGAAAAGGAAACCCAGGCAUGGUUCAGAUGAUGCUCUGUCAUGACCAUCUUGCUCCAGCAUAUCAAGGCCAGUCUACCGAAGUCAUGAGGCAUCUAAGAGAGGAAUAUGAAGUCAGACGUAUAGCUGACAUGGAGAAAGAUGAACUUCUGGAAAUUGAAAUGAAGGAAAAACUGUUUUCCACAUUUUGUAAAUUUCUAAGCGAUUUUGACAGGAACUACACAGAGCAAGAAAAAAAAGAACCUUCCAAACAGCUCCAUAAAAAGUUUGAUUAUCAGCCUGCUCUCAAUGCUCUCAAAGAAUCCUGGGCCAUGUGGCUGACACUUCAUGAAGAGCAUAUCAACAGGCACGAUGACAUAAUGACACUGACAAAUUCUCUCAUCCUUCAACUGGAGAAAACUCGUGAUAUGCUCUUAGAAGGUAAAAGUAAUAACUUUUACGAUCAUAUAAAACAGGCAAUAAUUAGAACUGACCUUCACUGCAAGAACAGAAAUAAAUCUGACCACGGGGCAUUGUCUUGUUGGGAAAACAUUGUCAGUUGUCAUGAGAUGUACAGUGCUGUUGCUUUGUACAAUCAAGCAUUCAUCACCAUUAACCUUCGAAAGCAAGACUACAAAUCCAAGGCAAAGCAUCUUUUGAAGAGAGCACAGCAUCUGGUGGAUGUGUAUCUUUCAGAAUCCUCAAAUACAAUGGUUUCCUGCAACUUGUCAGUGACGAGUGACUUUGAACCCCAUCACAAAGGCGACACUAACCUCCAGAUGCAAAUGGAAGUCAGGAUGAACAUUUUUAAAUCUUGGAAGGGAUUUAUUGAAAGGGCAAUAAACAAACUAGAGGAGCUUGAGAAAGUUAAGAAUGAUGCCGUGACAGAUGAAUCUUCUGUCUACAAUCUAUCAAAUCAGAAAGACUAUAUCACCACAAAUGAACUUGAAGCCCUUUACGACUAUGGCCUUGGGAUUGUGUUUGAAGUGAAGAAAAAACCACGGUUCUGCAUCGACGCACUCAUCUGCGCCUUACUUGGUGUGCUGCAGGUGGUUGCUGGCGUUCUUGUGUGUGCCCUUUCAUUUGGUUCGGCCUCUCAGUUUGGACUUGGUCUGAUAUCUGAUGGAGUCUCAGACAUGAUAAGUGGUAUCAAGGGAAUGAUAGAUGGCAGUUUCAGUUGGGCAGAAUGGGCAAUCUCCAAAGCUAUCAGCAUUGGGAUGUCUUUGCUAUCUGCUGGCUUCAGUGUCAUCAAGAAAGUUUGCUCUGCGGCUAAAAGCAUAUUUGACGGCACUAAAACCUUUGCCAAUGUGGCAGAUGAUGUCAUUAAAUCAGGGAGCCGCAUAUUUAAGUCUGUACAGGGAACAGCACAGAAAGCAGUUUCAGGGACCUUCCGUGAAACCAUGAAAAAGAUGUCUUCAACAACCCUGACACAGAAUUUGAAACAUGCAUCGAAAUAUGCAAUUCAAGAGAUAGGCAAACAGGCUCUGACAGCUGGUUUAAACUAUGCUGUUGAUAAAGGGGUCCAAACUAUUUUUCGGUUGUGUUUAGAAGGGGCUUUCAAACAGAUAGUAUCCUCUGCAAUUAAAUCUAACAGUACCUUGGAUCAGGUUCUUACAAAGGUAGUUUGUUCUGGAGUUCCAAAGGCAACACUACAAAAGGAGACUCCAGACUUUAGGAUUGAUACGAAAAUUGAAGAGGAAAUAAAAGGAUUAGUGAAGUCAGCCUCAAACACUGAAGAACUGGUCUCAGGCUACACCACUGUGCAUGAAGUCAUUGACAAACUGUCUACGGUCUCAGAAAAAGCAGCUGGUAUUAUGAACCAGAAAGGUAUCAUGAAAGGCAUCAUAGAAGGCAUCCAAAUGGCAACAGAAAUAGCUGAAUACACCACUACAUUUGUGGAAAUAUUGCAGGCAGUACCCACAAGUGCAAUCAUCGAUAGAAAAUUUGUUCCCACAUUUUCAGAAUCAAUGAAAGAUAUUGAAUCAUAUGAUAAUGACGGCCGACACAAUCUGCCAGACGCCAUACGUCUCAAAAAAGAGCUGCUCGGCAUCAUUGCACAAAGGGUCUCUGAGGAAUUCAUUGAUGCUUUUACUCAGCAUGUGACCUCGAUCUCCACAAAAGAAUUUAAAAAACACCUUAACUCCACUACUGGAAAAGCUGUCAGCAAUGUCCUUGGCCGGUACAAAACUCAAAGUUUCUUUGAUGAUCAGAGCCAUAAGCACAAUAUGAAAGCAGCUGCCAGCAGGAAAACUAAGCCACUGUCCGAGCCGGAGAGGAUGGAACUUCAAGACAUUGUGGAGAACAUUAGCAAUGAACAGCGCCCAGCUACAGCUCUUGACCUCUAUGUCCUCACCAAGAGUGACUUACUGAAAGGAAAGGGCAUCAGAUUUACUGUGGUUGAUAAAAAAGGGAAAAAGCUUUCAGAGGAGCAUUAUCCAGGAACUGACAGUAAAGGUGGAGAAAUAAAACUCCGGCUCACAAAAACACCUUUGAAUACCAAGAAAAAGAGUGUAUUCUUAAGGUUUAAGGAAAGGAUCCAGGGAAAAAGUCAUCCAUACAAGGGCCAUUUUGAUAUAGUGGAAUCUGAUGGUUCAAUUACUCCAGUUAUGUCAAAAAAUCAGAACUGUCUGUAUCAUGCCAUCAUACAAGCAACAGAAAAUACACAAGGGGAUGACCUCAACGAAAAGGCUGUGAAGCUACGCAGUGAUGUUCAAAAGGAUGUGCAGGGAAAUUUGGAGAAGUACCGUAAUGUUGUGAAGCUUCAAAAGGGAUAUGAGGCAUCAUAUACAAAUUCUGGAAAAUAUGCCAUAAAGGGAGGACAAAGGGGUAAGAGGAAAAUAUUAGACAAGCAAGCGACCAACGAACUCACACAAAUGAACAGUGAAUUCGAAAUAAUGAAAAAAAAAGCAUUGGCAAAGACUUACAGACUGGGUUCUGUUGGGAAAUACAACUGGUUGAAAAACCAACGGAACAUGCACAAGACCAAUAAUGAUGGUGCAGACAACAACAAACCAAUCUACACCAGCGUUGUAAAUGCUGACCACAUACCACCAAUUGACACCAUUAAAAAAGCAUUUGAGGAAGUGAAAAAAGACCCUGAGAAGGAAAAAGAACUAAGCAGAAAGAACCCCAAGCUUUAUAAGAUGAUUGAGGAUGUAGUGGAACACCCCUACGGAAACAGCCUGUUGGUCAUGGAGGUUCUUACAGUACAUCACAUACAAGCUUUGACCACAGGAAACAGCCAUAAGUCUCACAGAUGCAGGGAGCUGAUAUCUAAGACCCUUGUCAGUGGGGAUGUGGAGAAAAUGAUGAAGCAGUCACUCAUUUUGGCUCAUCCUGUAACAUCACAGAGUCUCAGAGAUGAUGCAGGCCUCUCAAGACCACCACAAAGAGCUAAUGAUAAUAUUCUGUGUGAGGAUGACACCAAACUUUACUAUAAAAUGGGCAACAAAAAUAUAGUGAAACGGUACUGCCAGGAUGGGAUUAUUGACCAGAAUCAGCGGGACAGACUGCUGUCGUGGGUGCAGGAAGACAGCCACCUGGAUCGCAACACCCCGGAGUACAAAGAAUGUCUUGACGCUCUAAAGGAGUUUAACAUAUGACGAACUUUGCAGAAAUCUAUUCAUAAUUCAAUUAACUACAAUGUUAAUGGUCUAGUAAAGAGUAAAGCUUUUACGAUCCCUAUGUAACCACACUUUUUAGAUUUUAAUUGUAUGUAUUUUACAAUGACACCAUGCUCCACAUAUACAAAUAGGUGUGGGAUUGCAAAUUGAUAUCCGGAAUUGUUUGAUUGCAAAAUGAUUUAUGGAACUGCUUGAUUGCUUAACUGGCAACAUUUUAUUGCUAAUGAUAUUUUGCCUCGAAACCUAUCACAGUUCAAUUUAUGUUACUAUUAUAACGCUUUUCGUGUUUGGUGUUUUGUUGUUUUGGACGGAAGCAUAUUAUAUUGCAUUCAGGAAAAAAAUGGUCGUUUUUCUGAAUUAACAAGUUUGUUAUCUCAUUAAAAAAAUAACUGUUUUUUUCUGAAUUAAUGAGAAACUCAUGCAUUAAUCGUGACAAACGCAUUUGAUAGAUCUCACACAACCUCACCAACCAUGCCUUAAAUCACAUUAACUAGGCUCAAAAUACUCAUUCUAGGACUCCUAACAAGAUGGAGGAAUGGUAAAUAGCAAUAUAAAUAAGAUAAACAUAAUUUUAGUCCCCAAAUAAAAUGUACACUCGUUAUCAUCCUAGAUUGUUCUUGGCCCAGAGUUUUCCUGUUUCAGUUUUCCUCAACAUUUCUUCUCAAUCUUUUCUUCUCUCUCGUUAUUUCUCAUAAGGGGCCUUUAGGAGAAACAGGUGAGCUCUCAAUAAGAGCCGAUUUAUUUCUUGUGAGACAAAGAAAAGAUCCCUCAGAGACAAGACAUUUUACUCUGGGCAAGUAUAUUAGUAUUGGCUGUCGGCCUCCACCCGUGUCACUCAGACCGGCUUUUCUGAAUUAACGAUAACGAUUAUUAAAGAUAAUUACAUUUCUAAUUAGAAAACAAGCUCUGUGAAUGCAAUAUGCUUCUGUGGUGUUGCACCUUUUCUAACACAUUUUUACUUCCUUUACUUAGAUUAAGCAAGUAUGGCUAACAUGUUUGACUACGUUUUGACAAUGACUGUAGAAAAAGUGCUGUUGAAUGAAAUAUCCCAUUUUCAUUUUGUACCUUUACAGACUUAAUAAUAAAAAAUAAACAAUAUCA